CGAUGAGCAGCGGCGCCCGGCCGCGGCCAUGGCUCCCAUCCCCGCGUACCUCAACCCGGCCGCGGUCCUGAUGCUGGUCAGCUGCGACCUGUGCCUGGUGCGCGCAAAUAGACCUCCUUCCCCCGUCAAUGUAACCGUCACCCAGCUCAAAGCAAAUUCAGCAACCGUCUCCUGGGAUGUCCCCGAGGGAGACGUCAUUAUCGGCUAUGCCAUCUCACAGCAGCGGCAAGAUGGACAGAUGCAGAGAUUCAUCCGAGAGGUUAACACCACGAACCGGGCUUGCGUGCUGUGGGACCUGGCAGAGGAUGCGGACUACAUCAUCCAAGUACAGAGCGUCGGUCUCUAUGGGGAAAGCCAGGCCAGCAAGAGAGUCCAUUUCCGCACCCUGAAGCAGAGCGAUCGUCUCCCGUCCAACAGCUCCAACCAGGGAGACAUUACUGUGGAAGGGUUGGACAAGGAGCGUCAGCUGCAGACGGGGGAGAUUAUCAUCAUUGUGGUGGUGCUGCUCAUGUGGGCAGCGGUCAUUGCACUCUUUUGCAAGCAAUAUGACAUCAUCAAGGAUAACGAUUCCAACAACAACAAGGAGAAGACCAAGCCUUCUUCGGAACACAGCACUCCGGAGCGGCCAACGGGGGGCCUCCUGCGCAGCAAGAAGAAAACGCCAUCUGUCAAUAUCAUCGAAGUGUAGCUGUGACUGCAGGCCAAGAGCCUUCUAGGACUCUGGGACCUCACUGUGCUCCUGGCCUGGCUCCCCACCUGCAUGCGAAGAAUUCAUGCUUCUUGCCCCCCAUCGAGGGAAUCUGCAUGGAGCAGCUGGCGCAGGGUGCAUGCAGAAGCCAGUCUC